AACCUCGAUUGCUAUAAUUUUAGUCGCACAAUUCCUAUACAAAACAUUUCGGAGAAAUUUCAAACAUUUUUCAUAUCUGUCACUGCUAAUUGUACAAUGCGGACUAUAUUAUUGUUUGUGUGUUGUUGUGUAUUCGGGGCCUUUGGACAACAAGGUAUGCCCCAGCCUGGAAUACAAUUCCAGCCUGGAGUACCAGGGACACAGACUGGGUUCCAGGGUCCAGGAUUUAGCACAUCUGGAUCGCAGUCAUUCCAGCCACAACCUGGCAUAAUCCAGACUCCAGGCCAACCUGGUAUUGCCACGGGUGGGUUCGGUCCUCCGUUCGUAGGUCCUUUUCCAGGUAGACCGACGUUUGGACCAGGACCUGGCUCAGUGUUUGGACCUAUGGGACCGCUUAGACCGCUAUCACCCCCAUUGUCCCCAAUGGCAAUGAUGAUGGCAAGCCUGGCGCAGAAUCCUAACAAUUAUAGAUAUGCCACGUGUAACUUCAAUGACACGUGGUCACAAGUAAGGGGACGCAUGGAUCUGAGACAAUUUUUAAUCGGUGAAGGUAGACAGCAGGUACAGAUCCGUAUUCAGAUUUCCGGAUUACCCCAGUCAGUCAUGGAGGUCGACAGAGGAAUCCACAUUCACGAAUUUGGGGACAUUGGGGACGGCUGUGCCAGGGUAGGACCGCAUUUCAACCCCAACCAAACACCACAUGGAUCACAGAGAAACUUUGCAUUUUUAAGACAUGUCGGUGAUUUGGGCAACAUACGUCAGUCUACUGCUGGUCUUGUGUCAACUCAGUUUGUGGACCAGGUCAUCUCUCUGGAGGGAUCAAACAACGUCGUCGGUAGAGCAUUUGUCAUCAAGCUAGAGCAGGAUGACUUGGGACUUGGUGGAUCACGUGAAAGUCGUGUAAAUGGAAACACACACAACCCUUUAGCUUGUUGCACCAUUGGUCGAACUACUGCAAGAAACUGGUACAACCCUAUGUCAGCCGCCUCUCUUCAAAAUAUGGCUGUGACUGGAAUUAUGCCGUACAAUACCAUCGAUCCAUUCAAUACAAACACGUUCCUGAACACUGGUUUAAACACAGGUGGAAUACCAAACACCGGACCUAACACCGGUUUCCCGCCCGGAUUUCAAAAUCCUGGAGGGUUCCCAGUAGCUGGAGUAAAUACAGGUUUCCCAUCCUCUGGAAUGAACACAGGUUUUCCACAAACAGGUUCAUCACAAACUGGCUUUGGAGGCCCAGGUGGAAUGCCAUCACCAGGAUUCGGACCACAGACUGGUUUUGGUGCUACAGGACUUACUCAGCAAAACUUUGGAAUAGGAGGACUUACUCAAGGCGGCACGAACACACAAACUAACCAGGGCCUAACUCAGGGCGGCCUAACACAGGGUGGACUAACCCAGGGCGGACUUACACAGUCCGGAUUUACACAGACCGGGUUAACCCAGGCAGGAUUUAGCGGAACCGGAACAAAUUCCAAUCAACAGACGUUUGGGGCGGGAACAUUUAUGCCAGGUGCUGCUCCUGGCCAGACUUUUAAUUUUGCAAACCAAGGAAAGAAAAAGUAAAAUACAGUAUACUUGCUUAACAUUUAAUGAGUCGAAACUUUUUCUAUCUCCAUUUUGUUGUAAAUUUGAUUUCUAAAAUGUGGCAAAUGUCAAGUAUAUUGUUCAGAUGAUGUUCAGAUGAUAUCUGAACUGGCCGAAAUGAACGCGUCAGAAAGCAGAGUGGUUUCUGUUUACUUACAACUUACUUUUGAUCACUUCCUAAUAAAGUAUUAAAUCAAUCUAAAUGAGAAUAAGGUGUAUUGUAAGGAGGUAAAAUGUUCUUUAAGCAGGCAUGGAAGAAUUGAAUGUACUGCGAUUUUACUACUUUAUACAAGAAACACGUGCAGGCUAUAUUGUUAUAUUGAUUUUUAGCGAACAUGCCUGAAGUUAC